UCGGCCGAUUAACUGCGUUCCUCCCUGUGAUGUUAAGGAAGAGUCAGAAUGACUAUCCCCAAAGAUAUUCCUGAAAAGUGGUUCCCCAUCGUUCUUCCACUGCAACAGAAGAAACAACAAGGACUAGCUGCUAAAACCAAGAAGACGUGGACAGAGGAGGAGAGGAGGGUCCGGGCCAAUGACAGAGAAUACAACGAGAAGUUUCAGUAUGCGAGUAACUGUAUUGUGACGUCUAAGUACAACGUCAUCACCUUUCUGCCCGUCAACCUGUUUGAACAGUUCCAGGAAGUGGCCAACACCUACUUCCUCUUUCUGCUCAUACUGCAGUUGAUUCCUCAGAUCUCGUCUCUCUCCUGGUUCACCACGAUAGUGCCUUUAGUCCUGGUGCUCAGCAUCACUGCAGUAAAGGAUGCCACUGACGACUAUUUCCGUCACAAGAGUGACAACCAGGUGAACAACCGGCAGUCUCAGGUCGUAUUCCACGGCUCUCUUCAGAAGGAGAAGUGGAUGAAUGUAAGAGUGGGUGAUAUCAUUAAACUGGAGAAUAACCAGUUUGUGGCAGCUGACCUUCUCUUACUGUCCAGUAGUGAACCUCAUAGCCUCUGUUACAUCGAGACCGCAGAGCUAGAUGGGGAGACCAAUAUGAAGGUGCGUCAGUCUCUGUCUGUGACUGCAGAGCUUGGAGACCCCAACAGCCUGGCCUCUUUUGAUGGUGAGGUGGUCUGUGAGCCUCCCAACAACAAGCUGGACAGGUUCUGUGGUCUUCUGUGCUGGAGAGAUUGUAAAUACCCCCUGAGCAACCACAACAUGUUACUACGAGGCUGUGUUCUCCGCAACACAGAGACCUGCUACGGACUGGUCAUCUUUGCAGGCCCAGACACCAAGCUGAUGCAGAAUAGUGGUCGCACCAAAUUCAAACGCACAAGCAUCGACCGCCUCAUGAACACACUGGUGCUCUGGAUCUUUGGCUUCAUGGUGUGUAUGGGUGUGAUCCUGGCUGUGGGGAACGCUGUGUGGGAGAGAGAGGUGGGUUCUCUGUUCCAGAGUUACCUGGCCUGGGACCUGCCUGUAGACAACUUCCUGUUCUCUGCUUUCCUCUCCUUCUGGUCCUACGUCAUCAUUCUCAACACCGUGGUGCCCAUCUCACUCUACGUCAGUGUGGAGGUGAUUAGGCUGGGUCAUAGUUACUUUAUAAACUGGGACAGGAAGAUGUUCUGUCCACAGUGUAACACAGCAGCUGAAGCCAGGACCACCACUCUCAACGAGGAACUGGGACAGGUGGAGUACAUCUUCAGUGACAAGACAGGAACGCUCACUCAGAACAUCAUGAGCUUCAGCAAGUGCUCUAUCAAUGGACAUGCCUAUGGUGAGGUUAUCGACCCGUUGGGAGCACAGCCAAAGAGGCUAGACUUCACCUCCUUCAACCCCCUGGCGGACCCUGACUUCUGUUACUUUGACAACGGUCUGCUGAAGUCGGUGAAGCUGGGAGACCUUCACAGCCACGAGUUCUUCCGGCUGCUUUCCCUCUGUCACACCGUCAUGAGUGAGGAGAAGAAGGAGGGAGAGUUGAUGUAUAAGGCCCAGUCUCCAGAUGAGGGUGCGUUGGUGACAGCAGCCAGGAACUUUGGUUUUGUGUUCCGGUCUAGAACCCCUGGUACUGUCACUGUGACAGAGCUGGGCCGACCCGUCACAUACACACUGCUGGCCAUCCUCGACUUCAACAACAUCCGCAAGAGGAUGUCCGUUAUAGUGCGUAACCCUGAGGGGAGGAUCCGUCUAUACUGUAAAGGAGCUGAUACUCUGUUGUUUGAGAGGCUCCACUCCUCCAACAAUCACCUGAUGAACAUCACAACAGAUCACCUUAAUGAGUAUGCUGGGGACGGUCUGCGGACCCUGGCCCUGGCCUACAGAGACCUGUCAGAGGAGCAGUGGGAGGAGUGGUCAGAGAGACACCGCCAAGCAGACAGAGCUACAGACUGUAGAGAGGACAGACUGGCUGACAUAUAUGAACACAUAGAACAGGACAUGAUGCUCCUGGGAGCCACAGCCAUAGAGGAUAAGCUACAGGAGGGAGUUCCUGAGACCAUCGCUAUCCUCUCUCUCGCUAACAUCAAGAUCUGGGUCCUCACGGGAGACAAACAGGAGACAGCAGUUAAUAUAGGUUACUCCUGUAAGAUGCUGACUGGUGAUAUGACUGAGGUGUUCAUCAUCAGUGGAAACACAGUGCUGAGUGUUAGAGAGGAACUCAGGAGAGCGAGGGAGAGGAUGAUAGAGUUUGCCCGUACGAGAGAGGGAGAAAAGGAGGAGGGGAUGGAGGGAUGGGGCGAGGCCUGUUCUCUGGGGAAUGGGUUUGGGGGAGACGGGGGAGGAGAGGGGAGAGAGUGGCCCUCCGUGGGGGACAAACAGCAGCAGUGUCCCCCUCCCCCUGGCCCUCCCGCCCCUCGACCCCCCUCCUCAACCACGCUAGACUCCAUAUCUGGAGAGUUCGCCCUCGUCAUCAACGGACAUAGCCUGGCCCAUGCGUUGGAGGCUGAUAUGGAGGGGGAGUUUGUGUCUACAGCGUGUGUCUGUAGAGCAGUGAUCUGCUGCAGGGUGACUCCUCUACAGAAAGCCCUGGUGGUGGAGCUAAUCAAGAAACACAAGAAAGCUGUCACCCUGGCCAUAGGAGACGGGGCUAAUGAUGUUAGCAUGAUCAAGACGGCUCAUAUAGGAGUGGGCAUCAGUGGUCAGGAGGGCAUCCAGGCAGUGCUGGCGUCUGACUACUCCUUCUCCCAGUUCCGCUUCCUCCAGCGCCUGCUGCUGGUCCACGGACGCUGGUCCUACCUCCGCAUGUGUCGCUUCCUCUGCUACUUCUUCUACAAGAACUUUGCCUUCACCAUGGUGCACUUCUGGUUUGGCUUCUUCUGUGGCUUCUCUGCCCAGACAGUAUAUGAUCAGUACUUCAUCACUCUCUAUAACAUCGUCUACACCUCUCUCCCCGUGCUGGCCAUGGGAAUAUUUGACCAGGACGUCCCAGAGCAGCGUAGUCUGGAGUAUCCUAAGCUGUAUGAGCCAGGUCAGCUUAACCUGCUGUUCAACAAGAGAGAGUUCUUCAUCUGUAUAACCCAGGGUAUCUACACUAGUGUUGUGUUGUUCUUCGUACCCUAUGCCAUCCUGUCCCACGGAACCCAGGGCACCGGGGAACCCCUCGCUGACUACCAGACCUUUGCUGUUACCACGGCCACCGCCCUGGUGAUCGUGGUCAGUGUGCAGAUUGCUCUGGACACAGGCUACUGGACAGCCAUCAACCAUUUCUUUGUGUGGGGCUCUGUGAGCUCCUUCUUCACCAUCAUGUUGGCUAUGCACAGCCAGACUCUAUUCAGCAUCUUUCCCAACCAGUUCCACUUCGUUGGCAGUGCCCAGAGCACACUGGUCCAGCCGCUGGUGUGGCUGACCAUCGUCUUGGCCACAGUGAUCUGCAUCGUUCCAGUUCUGGCUUUCCGAUUCCUCAAACUGGACCUGAAACCACAGCUCUCUGAUACGGUGCGUUACACCCAGCUGGUGCGUCAGAAGACGAGGAAGCCAGCGGGUCGAUGCAUGGGAGGAGUCAGGGUCGGGGGCGUGCCUGAGGGUCGUCUGGGGGCGAGGGGCGGGUUCAGGAGGUCAGGAUAUGCCUUUGCCCACCAGGAGGGCUUUGGGGAGCUCAUCACCUCUGGGAAGAACAUGAGACUGUCCUCCCUGGCCUUGGCCAACUUUGCCUCCAGACACAGCUCCAGCUGGAUAGACACCCUGCGCAAAAAGAAACACUCAAAUACACAUCCCCCGCAGAGCGCCUCUGGAGAGAGCAGCCCGGCACCUAGCUAUGUGUCAGGAUCGGCUCCCCCCCUGUCUAAUUCAUCCUCUCUCCUGGGGGGGUCACAGGAUACUCCGCUGGAGGAGGGAACACACACGCUGCCUGUCAUACUCCCACAGGUGGCUUCUGGCCCUCCCACAAACACACCAGCGUUAGCUCCAGCCCAGGUCCCCUCUGCUGACGCUCUCACUCCCACCUCUGUGAGGAGUCCUGGGGGAGACUCGGUUGGUGGCUGGAACCUUAGUCUGGGCGCUGUACAGGAUGCUCUAUUUGGUUGGAGGGGCGUCGCCUAUCGCACCAGCGGAACCAGCAGCCCGGGACCUCCCCCUGUUCCCAAGGAAACCAACCACACCGUGUGAGACGGACAGACAGAUGGACAGGUGAUAGAAAGAAGACGGACAGGCUGCCAUUUCCCACUGGAUUCUCUUGGAAUACGUGAAGAAAUACUGCAUUUGGAAGUUUGGAAUACUGAAGGUGGAAUGUUUGGAAUGGCACUCACCCUGGGUUAGGAAGAGAUCCACAGUGGCAGCCAUUGUAGGCGGAAGGCAUGCACACCCAUCAACACCCACUGGCAUUUGUAUGACACUGUCGUUGCAAUAGUGUUGGUACAUAUAUGUUUCCGUCUGAAAGAUAGUGUGUGGUAGUUGUGAUAGACAUGCUCAGACUACCCACAACCCACUUCUCUGUCUUCUUCAACCAAUGAGGCAGGCUGAAAGAAGCACUUCUUCAUGCAAAUGAUGUAAUCAUCUGCUGAAGAGCUUGGUACCACAGGGUUCCGGACAGAAACCCCGCUCCAACAGCACCGCUGUGGUUCAGACAUGACUAUACUAUUUAUACAAUGGAUCAUAUGUCAUAACAUCAUAUCAGAUUGGUUCAAAACAAAGUAUUGAAUUGAGACUUUAUGACAGAAGAGAGGUUCAUUUGAUGGUCAGAAAGGUGGUGAAUUGAGUCUUUAUGAAGUCUUUAUGACAGAAGAGAGGUUCAUUUGAUCAUCAGAAAGGUGGUGAAUUGAGUCUUUAUGACAGAAGAUAGGUUCAUUUGAUGGUCAGAAAGGUGGUGAAUUGAGUCUUUAUGACAGAAGAGAGGUUCAUUUGAUCAUCAGAAAGGUGGUGAAUUGAGUCUUUAUGACAGAAGAGAGGUUCAUUUGAUUGUCAGAAAGGUGGUGAAUUGAGUCUUUAUGACAGAAGAGAGGUUCAUUUGAUGGUCAAAAAGGUGGUGUAUUGAGUCUUUAUGACAGAAGAGAGGUUCAUUUGAUGGUCAGAAGGGUGGUGAAUUGAGUCUUUAUGACAGAAGAGAGGUUAAUUUGAUGGUCAAAAAGGUGGUGAAUUGAGUCUUUAUGACAGAAGAGAGGUUCAUUUGAUGGUCAAAAAGGUGGUGAAUUGAGAUGAAAUAGCAGAAUGAGUGUUUUUUAUGAUCAGCUGCUGUUAGACAUAGUACUCCAAUACACCUGUCUGUAUCCAGCUGUUAACCAAUCAUAAACAUGUCUUUAAUAGGCCAAGUAAUGCUAUCUACCUUAUGUAAUAAUGUAUGACAGCGUGUAAACCAAUGCAGUAGUGUAGAGCUGUCCCUCUAACCUGUACAGUCUGUAUGAGGAAUGUCUCUAGAACCUUAUCAGUGGUCCUGGUCUUUGUAUUCAUGAUUACAUAUUGCUGUGUCACCAUGCCCAAAGGCUUAGUCAAACCAGACAGGCUGCACCAUCCUACACUCUUAUGGGUACAUACUACUGUACAUUCUCUAUCUGUAUGCCUGACUGACAUCUUCACAUACAUAGUCUGUCUGUUGUUUUAGCCAAUAACUUGGCAGGACACUGAGGGGUUCAGUCAGCCAACCAAUGACUGAUGAAUGCAGGAUGCUGUCCUUGCUGGAAUGUUGUAGUAUAUGUCAUCAUAAGUUCAUGGGCAGAGUUUCUGUGUUCACUAUAGUUCUCAGUGAGAACGCCAUUUUAACCUUACAGGACACAGCAAGACUCCUCUUCGUCAUGUUCUUCUUCAUCCUCCUCCACUGCACCAUAUUGGUGACCUGCUGCUGGGCCCAUAGACAGAACUACAGUUAUAUCUCUGACUCUGAGCCCCACCCGUACUGGGCUUAAGAGAGAGGAGAUGGACUUCUAACAACAACCUGGGCCUCCAUGUUGCUUUGGGGCGGACUGACUCUGAGGCGUUGUGAGAGACAAUGGACAAUAAGCCCUCUAUGGCGUCCAUGUUGCUUUGGGGCGGAUGGAGGCUUGGGAGGGGGGGGAUCAAGGUUAUUAUUAUUAAGCCUUAAUAAAUCCACAGUAAUGAUGAUCAA